UUUAGGCCAAUAAAGAUCCGAAUUAUCAACUGCACAAUUUUGCAAAUUCUUCAACGUAUAGGGCUGAAAAUUUUCAAAAAAUGCCCAACGUUGUCAUUGGUUUGGCUGAUUUGUAUUGUGAAGAUAGCCUUGUUGAUUGUGAUUUUCUGCACAGAUCUCGAGGUCAUUGCAAUUCAUUUCAGGAAUUCAGGUAUAUAUUAUGUGCUCGGACUUGUGGAAUGUGCGGUAUAAGCUUGCGAUUGUAUUACAUCAGCACGCAUCAUCCAUUUGUCUAUGUUCAGGAAAAAACAGAGCAGCAACUAUCAGUAUGCAGCGAUGACCUGCAGGCUGCUCUAAACGGGACAUGUAGUUAUAACAAUUUGCACAAUUGUUUAUUUCCCAGAUUUCGGGAAAAAUGUCGCAGAAGUUGUGGUUAUUGUCCAGAACAAAGUCGAGUUAACUGCGAAUUUGUAACAGCUUUAAAUGCAGAAUAUUUGUACGACCAUCCGAAUUAUAAUUAUCGUUGCCAAUACAUUCGAGCCAUCUCGAAUAAAAAAUGCGAGGCGGAUGAAAAAGUUGCAAUAAAUCCGAUUACGGAUUGCAUGCUAUCUUGUGGCCAUUACGCAUGCUCUCAGGGUGAUAUAGAAGAAGAUAUGGGCCAUAAGCAAGUUCCUGUGAUGAAAUUAUAUGUACCGCAAAAGGAUUGGCAAUUUGCGACUUUUGGAUCGUUAAGUUUUGGUGAAACUAAGAAUCCGUCAUUGGAUUAA